AUUGGGUAUACGGUCGUACCCUAUAUUCUUACAUAUAUUCGUUCUUUCGCUAUCGCAAUAUCUUUUCGCUCUUUCGAUCGCCUUCCGAUCCUUCCAACGCAAUCUUAACACAGACUCGUGCUUUUGCGAAACUUCGCUCAAACGUGUACGACCGGUAACUUCUCGGCUGAAUACGUCCUGUCCCUUUUCGUGGAUCAGUCAUUGACAGCUGGACUUGUGGAAUCCUCAAAUCCCAGUUGAUCCUACUUGACUGAUACCACUUGGACCCUUAUCCAUCUGGAUUUAAUUCCCGUCUUAAAGAUGUCUUCUGGAGCGGCUGCGGCGGCUGCAGGAGCAGCGGCAGCAACAUCGGCAAACGCCGCUGGUGCAGCUACUACUACACCCACCGAGACACAAGCGGAAACCACAUCCCAAUCGACAACGGAAGCAACUCCUACGUCCGAGGCGACAACAUCGCAAGAAACUUCCGCGGAACCAACGACAUCCGUAUCCACACCCUCUACAACAUCAACGUCGUCGACCUCUGAAUCAACGUCUUCUGCGACAACAAUAUCCAUACCAUCGACAAGUAGCACUUCCACUUCGUCGACUAGUACCACUGAGGCUCCCUCAACCACUACUUCUGCUACUUCCCACACUACCGCGACUCCAGUUGUCACCGAAGUGGUUACUACGACACCAAGCAAUGGAUCGAACGGCGUGGAAACCCUGACGAUAACAUCCACCGACACAACUCUCCCAACGGGAACUGCUGGUACUGUAGGAAAUGGCGUGACUGCCACGGGCAGCGGGUCGGCAGCAGCAGCAUCGUCGACGGGUGGAAGUGGAGGUGGCAGCUCAGGCCUUUCGGCAGGCGGCACCAUUGCGGUUGCGGUUGUUGUGCCAGUGGCUUCAGUGGCCAUAAUCAUCCUUGCAGCCUUGUACUUCUGGAGAAAGUGGAAAGCGAAGAAGGCGGCCGAAGAAGAACGGAGGAAAGAAGUGGAGGAAUACGGGUUCAAUCCGAAUAACGAUCCAUCCCUGCCUCCUAUCAUGGGUGGUGGAGCCUUUGAACCCAAGGACGAUAACACUUCUUCAGGCUACCGUGGCUGGGGAACGACAUCUGCUGGUCGCAAGGCAUCCACGAACCUAUCAAGCAGCGCCGGAGUCGGCCUGGCGAUGUCCGAGGCUGGAAGCGCGCCUGGUUAUCACCAUGCAGCGACCCCAAGCGAUGGGACAAUUCAGUACUCCGAAGGGCAAGGUACACUGGGAGAGACUGAACCCAUUGGAGUCUUGGGUGCUGCUCCAGCAGCCGCGGCGAACAGUCGAAAUGUCGAUAUCCACCGUGGUCCAUCGAACGCCUCGUCGGCCUACUCUGCAGCCAAUCAUUCCGAAGCGUCCGAAGAGAGUCACAUGUCUGCCACUCACCCCUCGGGAGGUUUCUACGACGAUAACCCGUACUAUAAUGAUAUGCAACCGCAAUAUGGUGCAUAUGGUGACGGCCCGUAUGGCGGAGCUCCGCCUGUCAUUCGCGAUGUUCAGGCACGACGCAAUACACGCAUUGAGAAUCCUGCCGUGUUUCCUAGACAAGGGAAUGCUGGUAUCGCGCAGAAUUUCUGAGAUGCCUCUGCUUUCUCUAUCCUCGCCGCAUUAAUACGUGGACAUUGCAAGCUGGACGCCCGGAUGCAACAGACAUUGUGGCGGUCGAUGGGUGCUUUCUAACGAGCCCCUAGCGCCUUCAAUUGGCUGUC